AUGUGCAAAGAUAUUUCAUUUUAUUUCAUACCAACAUGUCACAAAGAAUACAACAAGAUAAAUAAUAAUAAUAAUAAGAUGGAUAUAAAUACAUUUAGAAAUGUAUUCAAUAAUCGGUAUAUCAUCAAUACGAUCAUGUGUCACAUGGUAAAGAUCAGAGAUUUCAUACCAGUCGUUCAAAGUAAUCAAGUUCACGUGAGGAAGUUUCAUCGGUACUCUGAAUUCAAUGAUAUAGGAGUAUUACUAUCAAAGGAAGAAUCAAACAAUCUACUCAAAUACAAGUUUGCACGUGGUGAUACAAGUAAACUGAAGUUUGAACCAACACAACAGUUUUAUUCUUCAUUGUUUCGUGCAACCGAUGUAUCAUUACAACACCAGAUCAUCGACUUUUUGGGUGAUGCUUUCUAUCUAGAAGCAUACCGGUACAUGAAAUUGGUAGAUAUACAUCAUAGUGUAUUCAUCAAGUUAUUGGACUAUUAUAGAGAUAAUAUUAAUGUAUUGGAGGAGUCAAAGUCUCCACUAUCAAAUAGUUCAAUCAUCUUGUCAGAAGAAGUAUAUCAUUCAUUGUUGGGACCAAACAAAUCGCUGGCUUGUUAUUUCACAGAAACAUUCUUUUUGGUAACAACAACAAAAGAAGAAGAAGAUCAAACUAUUAAACUAGUUAAAUUGUCAGAUACUGAAGAGACAACAAUAUUGUUAGACAAGAUUGUAAUUGGAGGAAUGUUGGUAAAAUUUAUGAACAAUAAUGAAAUUGUUGGUAAAAUAGAUAAUUAUAUAUCACGUAUAGUAGAGUCUAUAACUACUACCUACAACGAUAAUCUUCAUCAUCACGAUCAUGAUAGUGAUACACCAAAGAUUAAUCUUUCACAAAAGAGAACAGAGUAUGGCCAUUUAUUGGAUUCAAAGUCAUUGGAAAAGAUUGAUUUAUUGGUACUGUUAGACUUGUGUAAUCUAUUUUAUGUAACUAUUCCAUCAAUACAAGAGUUUAUGGCAGUGGUUUAUAAACUAGAUGAUAUCAAGUUGAUUCGAUUAGUAUUGGAUCAUCUAAUCAUUCGAUCAUAUGAAGCACCUUUAAUAGGGUACUCGAGUUGCUAUGUUGGAUUAGAAACAUUUAAAUUAAUGUCUACCAUUCCAUUGUUUAAAGACAAUCUAUUUAAUUGGGCUGCCAAUACUCUUGAAAAAGUAAAGUAUAUGCAUACAGAGAUGGGGUACCAAUUCACUGCCCUGUCACUAUCAACAUUUUGCAUGUACACUUGGCGUAAUAGAGAGGUUGAACCUAUAGUAUUUUACUAUAUUCUAGAGCAUAUUCCAGACAAGUCACCUGGAUUCCUAAACCUACAUUCCGAGACAAUAUACAGGUACCUAAAAGGAGACUAUACAAAGAAAACAAGUCAACAACGAAUUGGACAUAUUGACCUCAUCGAACAUUUAUUUGUACAUGGGUAUCUCACUGUUAAUCCACAAUUUGCAAUGUAUCUACUUGUCCAAAGCAAACGAUUACGAACAUUGUAUAUUGGCCCACUCAUGGAUAAACAAUUAUCACCAGACACCAAUCAUCUUUCAUUUGUCAUUGCAAGGAUCAUUCGAAUUGCAUCUAUACUUGGUAUGACAGAAACACUCCUAGAUAUAGUCGAUACGUAUUGGCAAGUAUUUAAAAUCAACAAUACACUUGCACGUAAAUGUCUCAUUGAAUUAUUUGACAAUACAUCUAAAACAAACCAAGUGAUUGUUAGAUUACUUGGUAUUGUUGAAAUCAAUUCAUUGGAAUUACUUCAAUAUGUUGCGGGUGGUGGACAAGAAGACACAGUCAUAGACAUUUUAAAUAACCCUAACCAAACCCUUAUUGACAAGGAUGGUAUCAAACAUGACCUCCACCUUCAAGUCAUUAAAGUGCUCAACACACUUUUCGAGAAUGAACAGCUUCAAGAGUUUACUCAAGUGAUGAAAUUUAUUCAUCAAUACAAGUAUCUUGGAUUACUUAGUCAAUUAAUCAACCAAGUUGAUGUUGGAUCAGCAUUUAGAGAAGGUCGUCAUCAAGUCAUUGAAUAUUACAUGCGUCUCCAUUAUCUAUACAAAGACCGUGUUCAAAGAAGUCAGUUUUACAUUAAUGUAUUCAGGGUAAAGAGUCUAAGACAAAUGAUUGAAUUAUUAGUUGCAAGAAACAGGUUUAUUAUUGUCCAACAUCUCAUUGACAAGUAUGACAGUCGUGCCAACAUCACUUCCAUCCUUGAAAAAUCAACUAGUUCUCAUUCAAAAAGAUUCCUCAAAUAUUCUAAAGCAAUAAAGUCUGUAGUCCAUUAA